AUGCUUUAUAAUUUUCUAAUGGUGUACUUUCUACAAAUGAACAAAAAUUCGUUUCAACUUCUGAAUGCAUCAUUCCUGCAGAUGAAACAUGAAAUGAAGAAAGAAGGCAAUGUUUCCACAGUGAUGCAAUUUGUACUCCUGGGAUUUUCUGAAUUCCCAAAUCUCCAAGGGUUUCUCUUUGGUGUGUUCUCCAUGGUUUACAUAAUUAUUUUAGUUGGAAAUAGUCUCAUAAUCAUAAUAAUGAGGCUUGACCCUGCAUUGCAGAAUCCAAUGUAUUUUUUUCUGGCAAAUUUUUCCUCUUUGGAAAUCUGUUAUGUAUCUGUCACUCUACCCAGGAUUCUGGUGAACCUCUGGACUCAGGAUAGAAGAAUUUCUAUGUUGAACUGUGCCACCCAAAUGUGCUUCCUGCAUAUGCUGGGAUCCACUGAAUGUUUUCUCCUGGCUGUGAUGGCCUAUGACUGUUAUGUGGCUAUUUGCAACCCUCUGCACUAUCCUUUAGUCAUGAACCAAAAGAUGUGUAUACAGCUGGCAAUUGGUUCCUGGAUCAGUGCAAUCCCUCUUGAGAUAGGGCAAACCUGUCAAAUUUUCUCUCUGCAUUUCUGUGAUUCUAACCAAAUUAACCACUUCUUCUGUGACAUCCCCCCCAUUCUCAUGCUGUCCUGUGGGGACUCUUCUAUGCAUGAGAUAUCUGUCUACUUAGAAGCUCUGUUGAUUGGUGCAGUCCCUUUUAUGUUGAUACUUGCCUCCUACAGCAAAAUCAUAUUCACCAUUUUGAGGUUACCAACAGCCCAAGGAUGGAGCAAAGCCUUCUCUACAUGUUCUUCACACCUGAUGGUUGUUGUUUUAUUUUUUGGAACUGCUACCAUCACCUAUUUAAGGCCCAAAUCCCAGCAUUCUGCAGGAGGUGACAAACUGCUCUCUCUUUUCUACACUAUUGUGACACCAAUGUUUAAUCCCAUGAUAUACAGUCUUAGGAACAAGGAUGUUAUAGCAGUACUAAGAAAAUUACUAAUUAUAAAAUAA